GUUCAGAAAUCCGCCUCCCCUCCCAGCCCUAGGUGCCUGCUUCGGAAAAUGAAGUAAUACGUCAAUUGGCCUCCGCCAUCUUAGGUAAAGUUAGUAUCCAGUGAGAGAAAGAUGCAGUCGGGGAAUCUCUGGAGAGUUCUGGGACUCUGCCUCUUAUCAGCUGGUGCUUGGGGGCAAGAAGAGAAUGAAGAUAAUGCAUAUAAAGUCUCCAUCUCCGGAACCAAGGUAGAGCUGACAUGCCCUAAGAAUCUUCAAUCUGAAACAACAAGUUGGGAAAAAGAUGGUCAAUCAAAAAGCCAUUAUAAAGGGAGCCACAUAGUACUGGACGAUUUUUCAGAAGUGAAAGACAGUGGUUAUUAUGCCUGCUACAUAAGCACCUCGAGGGAGAAUCUCCAUUAUCUCUACCUAAAAGCAAGAGUGUGUGAGAACUGCAUAGAAGUGGAUCUGACAGCCGUAGCUACAAUCAUCAUAGUCGACAUCUGCAUUACUCUGGGCUUGCUUCUGCCGGUAUAUUACUGGAGCAAGAAUAGAAAGGCCAAGACCAAGCCUGUGACCAGAGGAGUAGGUGCUGGCAGCAGGCCCAGUGGACAAAACAAGGAGAGGCCACCACCUGUUCCCAAUCCAGACUAUGAGCCCAUCCGGAAAGGCCAGCGGGACCUGUAUUCUGGGCUGAACCAGAGAGGCACCUGACAGCUCCUGAGGACACUGCAUCUCCCACUGGCCCAGUCUUGGCUCCUUCUUUUCCAAGCACCCUGCUCCUCUGUUUCCUGGGCAAGUCUUAGACUCCACAGGAAAACUGUCCUUCUGCCUAGUGUAGAACUCACUCACACCUGCAGCUCUAUCCCCUCUCUCUUUCCAAUCUUCUCUGCUGGAGCCUCAUCCCAGGGUAUUCCUUCUUCGUUGUUCUUUGAAAUAUCAUCGCUACUUACCCCUUCACAUCUGGCCUGCACUCUUGUAAGGAUAUUUAUCUCUGCUAUUUACCACCACUCCCAAUUCCUUUCUCCCCUGAUGGAUGUUACUUCUCUCUUCAGUAUCCUCCUUUUCCUGCCUAAAAGUUGCCCCCAAACCUAACUGCCCCAUCUACCUUUCUAUUUUUCCAGCUCCCUUUUUGUUGACCCCUCUCUAGGAAUGCACUG